AUGCCUCUCGCUACUCUUGCCCCUCCUAACAAAAGGACGAAGUCCGACAAGAUCAUCACUGACCUGUCAAACAUCAGCCAGAAUGACGAUGAAGCCGACCCAGAGGCCUCCGAGUUCGACCUGGGCACCAAGAUCAAGACGCCCAAGGACUUGAUGCUGGAGGAGCUCUCCCUGCUCUCGAACAAGGGCUCCAAGAUGUUCAGGAUGAGGCAGCAAAGAGUGGACAAGUUCAUCGUGACCAACCAGAACAUGCAGAACCUCGAGAACCUGCUGAUUUGUCCUCCCCCUGUUGCACCAAAACCUGAGAUGCCAAAAGUAGAAGUGGUGGAGGAGACGGUGGAUGAGGAGGCGGAUAAGGAGGCGAAGAGGAAGGAGUAUAUACGCACCUACGUAUCACCAUGGGAACGGGCCAUGAGGGGCAACUUGGAGCUGACAGCCACCAUGAAGGGCAACAUGCCGGGACCCAUCGAGAUCCACCCAGACCUGAUCCUGUACAAGAGCUUCAACAGGACGGCGUUGCCAUUUGGCGGCAACGACAAGGCGUGCAAGAUGCUGGCCUUCGUGCUCCCAGAGCCCAGCGUUGCCAACGAUGAGCCGGAGUCACUGGCCUCCCUGCAGGCGGACAUCCGCUCACGACCCUCGUUCAACCGCACGCCCAUCGGCUGGGUGUGCAGCGAGGACAACACAAACAUCCACAUGGACGUGGACAACAUCGCCUUCGACGGAGAGACAGAUGACCUGUGA